AUGAAGGUGUUCUCCCUGACACUGCUCACCCUGCUGCUGGCGGCUCUCUGGACUAGAAGCCAGGGAAUGUCCUUCCGCAGCCACUACGGCACAUGCUGCUACAAGGAGAUGUUUAUCCAGAAGAAAAUCCCAGCCUUCCUCAUCAAGAGCUUCCAGGAGACGCCUUCCCACUGCUCCCACAAGGCUGUGCGCGUGGAGAUGCUGAAGGGGAAGAAGUUCUGCGUGGACCCGCAGAAGGAAUGGUUCCAGCAGUACCGGCAGCAGCAGGAGUCAACCAGCACCUCCACAUGA